AUGACGCGUGGCGUGCGGCGCGGCUGCGUGCGCCUCCGGGCUGCCGUCAUUGGAAUCGACGACGAGGACGACUCCACGUUCACCAUCACCGUAGACCACAAGACGUUCCACUUCCAGGCGCGCGACGGCUCGGAGCGCGAGCGCUGGGUGCGCGCGCUGGAGGAGACGAUAGCGCGGCACGGGCGCCGCGAGCGCUGGUCCCGGUGCGUGCCCGCGCCCGCCCACCGCCACUGCGACCUCGAGCGGCGGGUGGCCGAGGCGGACGCCUACCUCCAGAUCAUGAUCGAACUGGUCUCGAAAAUGAGCACACGCGUUUCGGAACUGGCGGAUCCACAGGAAAAGAGCAAGGGUCAAGUGAUUCUAGAUCAUUCCAACGCGAUGUUGGACAACAUAAAACAUUCCAUAGUCCUCCUACAAAUAGCUAAGAACACCGUAAACCCCGUGAAUGGAGUGUACCAGGGUCCCACAAGUUCAUCGCAACACAUCAAAGAAGGCGAGGACCUAUCGCCGCGCGUGGAGCUUGGCGCGGAAUGUAGGGAGCUGGUGACGCCCCCACUGCCGCUCACGCCGCUCGAGCACAUCGACGCCCCCAGGCAGGCGAUGUCCCUGCUGGUGCCGGACACCUCGUACUCCUCUUCGGAGGGCGAGGAGGACUUCUUCGACGCUGACGACGGCCCAGCGGACACGCCGCCGCCGCCGCCGAGCCUGUUCGAGUCCACUGCUGAACAAAGGCCUCCCCACAGAUUGCCACGAAGCAUGAUCCUGAGCCACCUGCGUCUAUCGACUUCACAACAAAUCGUU